AUGUCUUACAACGAUAACCAGUACGGCGGCGGCGGCGGCGGCGCUAGCAACAGCUAUUACAACACCAACAACAACAACAACAACUCCUACGGUGGAUCCGGCGGCUACGGCAACUCUUCUAACGAAGGACGUUCCAACGAAGGCUACGGUAACCAGAACCAACGCCAGGACAACUACGGUCGUCAGGAGUCCCACGGUUACGGAAACAACAACAACAACUCAGGCUAUGGCAACUCGAACGAGAGCCACAACAACUCCGGUUACGGCAACUCCAACAAUAACAACUCUGGCUACGGCAACUCCAACGAGAGCCACAACAACUCCGGUUACGGCAACUCCAACAACAACAACUCUGGCUACGGCAACUCCAACGAGAGCUACAACCAAAACCAGAACCAAGGCUACAACAACAACAACAACAACAACAACAACAACAACAACCACUCUUCCAACGAAGACUUCAGCAGCGCAGCAACCCACGCCCAAGAACACGACAGCAACGAAGACAAAUCCCUCUUCAGCAGCGCCUUGAACUUCCUCCAGAACCGCAAGUCCGACGACGACGUCGACGAGAAACAAGCGGCCAAUGCACACCAGGCCAUGUACGGUUCCGGCAAUGACUCGAACCAGAAGCAUGAUUCCAGUACUGUUGGUGCUGGUGCUGCCAUGCAGGCUUUGAAGAUGUUUACUGGUGGUGGCAGUGGAAACAGCAGCAGUGAGGGGGGUAUGGAUAAGAAUAAGCUUAUUGGACUUGCUAUGGCUCAGGCUGGGAAGUUGUGGGAUGAGAAGAAUGGGUCUGGGGGUAAUGUGUCUGGUGAUAAGCAGUCUGCUGUUAACUCUGCUGCCGAGGUGGCGCUGAAGAUGUAUAUGAAGAGUCAGGUUAGUGGUGGUAGCAGCGGUGGUGCUAGUGGACUUAUGAGUCUUGCGAGCAAGUUCUUGUAA